AUGAUAUUUCUGCUUUUCGGAGUACCAGAAAUAAUUUUGACUGAUAACGGGACUCAGUUCACAUCAAAAGGUUUUCGGGAACUGUUAGCAGAGUUCAACGUGAACCACUGGCUCACCCCAGCGUACCACCCGCAAGUGAAUAACACUGAACGGGUCAACCGGGUAAUAACUACAGCCAUUCGCGCGACAAUAAAACAACACAAAGACUGGGCAGAUGAUUUACAAACUAUAGCAUGCGCAAUUAGAAGUGCCGUGCAUGAGUCGACCAAGUACACGCCGUACUUCGUGGUUUUUGGUAGAGAAAUGAUAUCUGACGGUCAGGAAUACACAAGAAUACGGGAACAGGCGGAAACGGAUAAGUCGCGUGAUGAACCGGUGAGGGGUAGGAGGCAAAAGUUGUUCGAUGAGAUCAAAGAUCAAUUGGCAAAAGCGUAUGAUCGACACAAAAAGCAGUACAACCUGAGAUCGAACCCAGAUUGCCCGACUUACACGACUGGGGAGACGGUUUUGAAACGAAACUUUGAGCUGUCGGACAAAGCGAAAGGUUUCUGUUCGAAACUAGCGCCAAAAUUUGAACUCGCCGUAGUCAGGAAAAUACUAGGGAAACACUGCUACGAGCUUGAGGACCAAAAUGGCAAACGACUUGGCGUGUUUUACGGCAAUCACCUGAAAAAGGUGCAUUUAUCGAAGUAA